UUCGGGUUUAGAAUAUAUGGGUAGCUGGUUAAAAAAUGAACCCGGCGCCCGUGUCUGUAUGUCGGUUGGUUCUUCUCGUUCUCUCUCCGAGUCUUUGUGCCCUAGCUAGUUCCCCUCUCUCCAUCCCUCGCCGCCGACGUCCGCGCUUCGGCCGCCAAUUACCGACCCCUGACCGCCGGCCGACCCCCGACAGCCGACAGACGACCGGCGACCGGCGACCGGCGACCGGCGAGCUUCCAGCCCUGUGGACCAACCCGUUUCCAUCAGCUUUUGUCUUAGGUGAAGCAAUACAGCUUUGUAUACAUCAAGUGGAGGACAAGAUGCUCGCUGCAUCUAGUGACAAUGCAUUGGCCGUUGCAGGCCCAAGACCAGGAAACGAAUUGACUGCUGUUCCUCAAUCCUUUCAAGCUCCAGGUCCACGUGGACAGCAGUGGACCUCUAGUCUUGAGUCACCAAUCAUGCUGCUCACAGGUCACCACAGUGCUAUAUAUACCAUGAAGUUCAACCCUGCAGGAACUGUGAUAGCAUCUGGAUCCCAUGACAAAGAUAUCUUCUUGUGGUUUGUCCAUGGGGACUGCAAAAAUUUCAUGGUCUUGAGAGGACACAAGAAUGCAGUUUUGGACCUCCAGUGGACCACCGAUGGAAACCAGAUAAUCUCUGCAAGCCCUGACAAGACUCUUAGAGCAUGGGAUGUGGAGACAGGAAAGCAAGUUAAGAAAAUGGCGGAGCACUCAUCUUUUGUGAACUCGUGCUGCCCCGCACGCAGGGGUCCACCUCUUCUUGUGAGCGGCUCGGAUGAUGGGACAGCCAAACUCUGGGACCUUCGUAUGAGGGGUGCAGUCCAGACAUUUCCGGACAAGUAUCAGAUCACAGCUGUCGGUUUCUCAGAUCCAGCGGAUAAGAUCUUCUCUGGUGGGUUAGACAAUGAUGUGAAGGUGUGGGAUCUUCGCAGAAAUGAGGUAACCAUGACUCUCCAGGGCCAUGGGGACAUGAUAACAGGCAUGCAGCUGAGUCCUGAUGGGUCUUAUCUCUUGACUAAUGGCAUGGACUGCACACUUCGUAUAUGGGAUAUGCGCCCCUAUGCUCCACAGAACCGAUGUGUGAAAAUUUUUGCUGGGCACCAGCACAACUUUGAGAAGAACCUCUUAAAAUGCAGCUGGUCACCUGAUGGAAGCAAGGUCACUGCAGGGAGUGCAGACCGGAUGGUUUAUAUCUGGGACACGACAACACGCCGAAUCUUGUACAAGCUUCCUGGGCACAAUGGAUCUGUCAAUGAGACUGCGUUUCAUCCUACCGAACCCAUUAUUGGAUCUUGCAGCAGCGACAAGCAGAUCUAUCUUGGAGAACUUUAAAUCAGAGUCUACGAGCUUUGGUAGGCUGCAGAACUUCAGAGGAGUUUUGGUCGAUGCACCAAUCACCAGGUGCUGGUGGAUGUAGUCAAAAGAAAUUAGCAGUGGGUGCAGUUUCUUUACAGUUUGAUGAUGAUGCAGUGAAAAGAAAUUAGCAGGGUUGAUGGUUUAUUUGUAGUUGGCUCAGUUGUUUGGUCUAAAUCACAAUAUAACCUCAUCUUCUGAGAAUGGUAGUGGAUGUUGAAAACAAAGCAGGGCAACUGCUAAAUUUGUUCUCGUGUUUCGUUGAACUUUUGCUUUGCAGACACGAUUGCUUUGAUGGGUCAUCAAUUGCUAUUAACUCAACGUUACUCUUAUCACACUCCGGAUCCAUCAUGUUCCAUGUCAAUCAUGCAGAUCUUGUAUUGUUAUAUUUAUUAGAUAUGCUUCAUCCAUGAACUUCUGUUGAUUGAAUUAA